UUGGAUAAAAUUGGACAAUUGCCAACUCCGCUCACUAAAUUAUUUUUGAAUAAUACGAAUUGGCGGAUUUUGGAAGCGAAAAAUUUGUCAGCAUUGCCUGCGUUGAAACAAUUGUCGAUUUCGAAUUCGAAAAUGAUGCUGGAAGAAGUGGUAAGGGAACAUUUUGAGGGAAAAAAGAAAAUAUGAAGUGGAAUGUUCGAAUUCAAAGAAUAGUUCAACGAAAAAUAUAUUUUUUAAAGUUGGCUCAAUGAAAAUCUUUUCAAUGUUUUUCGGUCAAAAAAUUAUGUUUUUCCACUCAAAAUAGAAUUUUGCUAUAAAAAUCUAUAAAACAAUAAUUUUUCAGGGAAUGCUAACAUCUCUCAAAUCGCUGACACAUCUCGAAAUCUCUUCCUCUGCUCUUCGAAAUAUUCCAUCAGAAAUUGCAUCCAAAUUCCCUUAUCUCAGUCAUCUUUCAAUUCAUGACAAUCCACUUAUCGAUCUCACAACAAUGGAUCUCGAAAAAUUGAAAAAUAUCAAAAAACUAAAAAUUGGCGGAAAUUCAUCAAGAUUUCAAUGCGAUUGUGAAACACCAACUGAUUUUCAAAGAUGGUUAAUCAAACCCGAAAAUCGCGCAAAAAUCGAGGAUUUUGAUCAAAUUUUUUGCAAUUUAAAUAAUUAUGGAGUUGUUUGGAUGGGUGAAGCAUUGCCUGGAACUAAUCAAAGUGUAUGUUUGGAUCCGACAAAUGAAACAAAACAUUGGAUGGAAUUUGUUGAGAAUGUACAUAAUUCGACGAAACAUUUGGAGAUUUCGGAAAAGGAAGAAAAAAUGGAAGAAGAAAUGACAGAAGCUGAAAUUACUGAAAUGACUUCUUCAGAAGCGACUUCUAUGAAAACUACAAAAACAACACGGAAAAUUAUAUCAACAAAGAAGAUCACAUCGAAAAUGACGACAACAACUCCAAUUUAUCGAAAAACUUAUAUCGAUGAGGAUAAUGAACCGCACAAGGUGAGUAUUUUUGGGAGGAUUUUGAAAAAAAAAAUAGACAGGUGAGAUUUAAAACGUGUAAGCUAAUGAAAUAACUGUCUCUUCAAAUGUUUCACUCAAACACUUUUUAAACUCUAAUUUUUUAAGUUACUACUUUAAAGCUGGUACUAAACAAAGGAGAAUAUUUAAUUAAAAACUUAAAGAACCAAAGUUUUCUCCAAAUUGUAACAUAUUUUUCCAAAACUUCGUAUGAUUCCAGUUCGUCAAUAUUCUCAUAUUCAUCUUAUUUAUUUGUGUCAUUAUUCUUAUUCUUUCUAUCGCUAUUACUGUAUAUUUCAAAUUUUUCCAACCUGAAACCGACACGUUUUUCCGAUUUCGGCGCCGAAAAAAACAUCAUCGAGAAGAACAACCACUUCAUACUAUUUGA